CAGAGGCUGGAGAACGUGGGAGGGGUUGACACAGAGAUGUACAGGACAGGACACCCUGAUGCUUGCUUCAUAAACCUCACCGCAUUUUGCCACCGCAGCUGUUCUGGCGCAUGCAGUGAGCUGAGAGGUGCGCUCUUUCUGGAGUGGCUAUGUCAAGUCUGGCUCGGGCUUUUUUUACGCUUCUCCGGGAUCACUGAGCCCGUUUUCUCUUCGGCUUAAAAGACAAAAUGCUGUCGCACUCUCGCUCACUAAGGUCGGUUUCAAAAGAACAGUGACGGCAUCGCUCAUUUACCAUGAGCUGUUUGGAUGUUAUGUACCCAGCCUAUGGACAUUACGCAGCGUACGCACCGACUGCUCCCGCUUUUAUCAAUAGCUUACAGGCUCCCACAGGUCUGAGCAGUACUUCGCCGCGCAGCCGGGAUUUUAUGGACACUCCCAGCGUUCCCGAAGGGAUGUCUGGGGGCCCAGGCACUGGAGGAUCAACUUCCUCAUCCUCUUCAUCCAACUCUUCUUCUUCCUCUUACACCCCUGCGGCAUCAAAGCCGGAGGAGGGCCCCAAGGAGAAGCAAGAGGCCCCCGAGGCAGAAUACCUGACUUCUCGCUGCGUACUCUUCACCUACUACCAGGGAGACAUCAGCAGCGUGGUCGAUGAGCAUUUCUCCAGGGCCCUGAGCUCCUACAUGGACGGAGAGGGCAAGCGAAGAGUGCCAGACCAACAGGCCACAGACACUCCGUCACCUAGUAGUCGGCGAAGCUUUCCCCCGUCCUUCUGGGACAGCAGCUACACGUCGCCCCAGAGCCGCCCCCACUGUGAGACGGGUGCGCCCUCCUAUUCCAUGGACCCGUACGCAUCGGGGCUACAUCCAGGCCUCCCUCACCCACACGCUCAUCCUCACCCACACGCUCACCCUCACGCCCACCCACACCCUCCGGAGAGCUGGGGAUACUCUCAGGCCCAGGCCUAUGGGCCUCCACGGCCCCUCCAUGAACUGUAUUCCCCCUCAGCUUUGGAGCCCCACUACGGGCCCUUGCUCAUGCCCACUGUGAGGCCACCGCAUCUCCCCACCUUGCCGAGCCACUACGAAGUAAGCAAGCUGGAGCACUCUGCCUCAUGGCCCAGUCUGCUCCCCCCUGGAGAUGUCAGCCAGACUCUGGCACUCAACAUGGAUGCAGGCCUUCAGCAGCACAAGAAAGGCAAGGAGCUAUACUGGUUCUAACGAGCCCUUCAGUCACACUGACCUGCCAUUACCAGAUCCAAUUAGUCCCUGGACCUGCUCCGCUAUUGAAGCAGCGUGUCCCUUUAUCCCCCCCACACACUGCAUCCACAUCUAUCCACCCCCAUCCCUCUGCUCGUAGCCUCUCCUGCCAGUAUACAGCCUUGCUCCAGGUCGACAUGUGUGCACCAUGGAGAUAAAGCGGAGAGGGAAAGAGGGAGUAACAGGGUGUCUGAACUGGCUACAACCUGCGCUGCUGCUCUCUCUUUCUUCAUCUUCUGUGCAACACAGACCCUGGCAAGGUGAGCGCUGCAGUGACCUGUUUGGACGGAGAGACAGGAUCACACCAGACUUUCACAGGGGACAGAGAAACAGAGGGAUGAAUAGAGAGGAAGAGGGAUAAAUAGCAGCGAGUGGGGUUUUUUCUCCAGUGUCCCCAGUUAUCUCCUUUUCUGGCUCUGUCGGUCUAGUCGUUGUUCAUUAUCCACUUAUCUGCAUUUCACAAAUGCAGCAUGCAGCGAUUCAAGAGCAAAAAUCAUGCUGGUUUAUGCUUUGUGACUGGCAACAUGAGGCCUUUUUUGGUUUUUAUUUUUAAUGAUAUUUUGCUCUGAAAUAAAAUGUUUUUAUUUAUUGGUGUUAAUGUGCUUUUCUCAGAUGAUCUUUUGGCCAGUGUUCUGAAAUGAUUGUGGUUCAGUUUAUUGUGUUUCCUGACAGGGACGGGUUAUAGGGCUUCCUAUGCCACUUGUUUUCGGUGGAGUCUAAGGCCCAGCUCUUGUCAGAAUAUUGUCAUAGUCAUUUAUCCACAGCAUAUCAAACACCAUUCAACCUGAAACCUAUCAGAUGAGACUGUAUUUUCAAUUUGAUGAUGUUCCAUUUUAGUUCUAUUCCUCUGUCAUUCUAAGAUGUUUUGAAUUUGGACUUUCUAAAUAUUAUGGUCUUUUGUGUGUGUUUGCAUUUCUCAUUUUUGUUGUCCAGUGUUAAUGUCAAUAAAUAUUUUUAUGAUACAUUGUCAGAUCACUUGAAUAUUUAAGUGACACUUACAUAUAG